GUUCGCUCUGUUUUGUUGUAGCUUACGGUUCGUGUGGACGCCGUGUAUACGGUGCUAAGCAUGUCCUCAUUACAUACAUCAAGUGAAAUAAACAUGGCGAGCGAUUCUCCAGCCAGAAGCUUGGAUGAAAUAGACCUUUCAGCUUUGAGGGACCCUGCAGGAAUUUUUGAACUGGUUGAACUCGUUGGAAAUGGCACAUAUGGGCAGGUGUACAAGGGUCGUCAUGUCAAGACCGGCCAGCUUGCUGCUAUCAAGGUCAUGGACGUCACAGGGGAUGAAGAGGAGGAGAUCAAACAAGAAAUUAACAUGCUUAAAAAAUAUUCACAUCAUCGGAACAUCGCCACCUACUAUGGUGCUUUUAUCAAGAAGAACCCUCCAGGAAUUGAUGACCAGCUUUGGCUCGUGAUGGAGUUCUGUGGUGCGGGCUCUGUAACCGAUCUCAUCAAGAACACCAAGGGGAACUCUCUAAAGGAGGAAUGGACCGCCUACAUUUGCAGAGAAAUCCUGAGGGGUCUGACUCACCUUCACCAGCACAAAGUCAUCCAUCGGGAUAUAAAAGGGCAGAACGUCCUGUUGACGGAAAACGCAGAGGUGAAACUAGUUGAUUUUGGUGUCAGUGCACAGCUGGACAGAACAGUUGGUCGGAGAAACACUUUCAUCGGGACCCCAUACUGGAUGGCUCCUGAAGUCAUUGCAUGUGAUGAAAACCCUGACGCCACAUAUGAUUUUAAGAGUGACCUGUGGUCGUUAGGAAUUACAGCCAUAGAGAUGGCAGAAGGAGCCCCACCUCUGUGUGACAUGCAUCCGAUGAGAGCUUUAUUCCUUAUCCCAAGGAACCCCGCCCCAAGGCUGAAAUCAAAGAAGUGGUCGAAGAAGUUCCAGUCGUUCAUCGAGAGCUGUCUGGUGAAGAACCACGGGCAGCGGCCCAGCACAGAGCAGCUGCUGAAGCACCCCUUCAUCCGCGACCAGACCAACGAGAGGCAGGUCCGCAUCCAGCUGAAGGACCAUAUCGACCGCACCAAGAAAAAGCGGGGGGAGAAGGAUGAGACUGAGUAUGAGUACAGUGGGAGCGAGGAAGAGGAGGAGGAGAAUGAAAUGGGAGAACCCAGCUCCCUCAUCAACAUCCCUGGUGAAUCCACAUUGAGGAGGGACUUCCUGCGCCUUCAGCUAGCCAAUAAGGAGCGCUCAGAGGCCCUGCGAAGACAGCAGCUGGAGCAGCAGCAGAAUGAGGAGCACAAGCGCCAACUUCUGGCUGAAAGACAGAAGCGCAUUGAGGAGCAGAAGGAACAGAGGCGAAGGCUGGAAGAGCAACAACGCCGGGAGCGCGAGAUCCGCAAACAGCAGGAGCGGGAGCAGCGGCGGCGGUACGAGGAGAUGGAGCAGCUGCGACGGGAGGAGGAGAGGAGGCAGGCGGAGAGGGAGCAGGAGUAUAUCAGGCGUCAGCUGGAGGAGGAGCAGAGGCAGUUAGAGAUCCUGCAGCAGCAGCUACUGCAGGAACAGGCUCUUCUUCUGGAGUACAAACGGAAGCAGCUCGAGGAACAGAGGCAGGCGGAGCGCUUGCAGAGGCAGCUCCAGCAGGAGAGGGCUUACCUGGUUUCUCUGCAGCAGCAGCAACAGCAGCAACAGCAGGAGGCUAGGGCUGGAGAGAAGAAACAGCUCUACCACUACAAGGACUCUGUGAACCCCUCGGACAAACCAGCAUGGGCCAAAGAGGUUAUGAAACGGUCUCAAAGUCACUCCCCUCGCCUCCCAUCUAAGACCCAUCAAACUCCCAACCUCCGCCAAGUGCAAGAUGCUCAUGCACCUCCACUCCAUCCACCUAACCCGAUUUCCUCCAGCAGAUCUGAGGCGGUUAAGCAAGCGAGCUGCCUGCCUCAGAACAUACCCAAAAUUCAGAUCUCAGUCAUGACAACCGAAGAGGAGAGACUUAAACAACAGGUUGACUUACAUGUCAAAGAGCUGAAAGAACAAAGAGCUGAGGCCAGAGGACGGAGCCCCAGCAGGAAAGCUGCAAGUCAGGUCUUUCCCCAGGACUUCAAGCCUUGCAGAAGGGUGGAAGAACGCUCAAAGCUGAACCGGCAGAGCUCUCCAGGGAUGCAGCACAAAGUAACCAACAGGAUCUCUGACCCCUCUCUGCCACCCCGCUCUGAAUCUUUCAGCAGCAGUGGAAUCCAGCCUGCCAGAACCCCACCUAUGCAUCGUCCGGUGGAGCCUCAGAUGGCACACCUGGUCCCUGUGAAAUCCCACGGAUCGUCCAUGACAGGCUCCCAGUCCCUGCACGACCAGUCAGCUAAGGGCGUCUCUGCCUUCCAGGAGGGUAUAAUCUCCCACCGGCCAGAGAUGCCUCGGCAGAACUCGGACCCCACCUCUGAGACACCCCCCCUGCCUCCACGCAUUGCCAGCCGGGAAGACAAGUUCGACCGCAGCUCCUGGCUCAGGCAGGAGGAAGACAUUCCACCGAAGGUGCCCCAGAGAACAACAUCCAUCUCUCCGGCGCUGGUGAGGAAGAACUCUCCUGGCAACGGAGGUAGCCAGGGAAUCAGAGCCGGGUCACUUAUCCACGCCAGUAACCCGGACUUGCGGAAGGCCGAGGUUGCCCUGGAGACAGUGCUGCAGAGAACCAGCAGCGGCAGCUCCUCCAGCUCCAGCACCCCCAGCUCCCAGGGGGGGUCACAGCCGGGGUCCCAGGCUGGCUCCAGCGAGAGGAACCGCAUCGGAGGAUCAAAUAAGCCCGAAGGAACCCCUGCAGUGACUCAUGAGUCCUCCAAGGGGAAACCAGAGGAGCGGGAGGUGACCAGGCCGAGCAGACCUGCUAGCUAUAAGAAAGCCAUAGAUGAGGACCUGACUGCCCUGGCUAAGGAGCUGCGGGAGUUGCGCAUUGACGAGACAAACCGCCCGCCCAUCAAAGUGACCGAUUACUCCUCCUCCAGCGAGGAAUCGGAGAGCAGCGAGGAAGAGGAUGCUGACAAUGAGACUCACGAUGGCACUGUUCCAGUCAGCGACAUUCCCCGGAUAAUGCCUUCUGCAGUGCACAGCAGCAGCGACUCUUAUAUGAUGGGAAGCCAUGAAGAUGCUCACGGAGACAACUACGGCAACGGUUCCAAGGAUGACACCUUGAUGAUGAGAGAGACGUUGGGCGAUAGAAAACAUUCUGGCCAUACCGAUAGCAAUGGCUUUGCGGGCCACAUCAAUCUGCCCGAUCUGGUGCAGCAAAGCCACUCCCCCUCGGGUACACCCUCCGAGGCCCUGGGACGGGUUUCAAGUCUGCAUGCACAAGAUCUGGAUUCCAUCGCAGAAUAUGGACUCGGGAGUGGGUCGAAAGCCUCGUUUACCCCGUUUGUGGACCCGCGGGUCUAUCAGACAUCUCCCACCGACGACGACGACGAGAAUUCGGCAGCAGCUCUGUUUGCCAACGAGCUGCUCCGACAGGAGCAGGCCAAGCUGAAUGAAGCUCGGAAGAUCUCGGUGGUGAAUGUGAACCCCACCAACAUUCGGCCGCACAGCGACACCCCAGAGAUCCGGAAGUACAAGAAGCGUUUCAGCUCGGAGAUCCUGUGUGCAGCUCUGUGGGGGGUGAACCUGCUAGUGGGCACUGAGAACGGACUGAUGCUGCUGGACAGGAGUGGACAGGGAAAGGUCUACAGCCUUAUCAACAGGAGGCGCUUUCAGCAGAUGGAUGUUUUGGAGGGGCUCAAUGUCCUGGUGACUAUAUCUGGAAAGAAGAACAAGUUGAGGGUGUAUUACCUGUCAUGGCUCAGGAACCGGAUUUUGCACAAUGACCCAGAAGUGGAAAAGAAGCAGGGCUGGAUCACCGUGGGGGAGCUGGAGGGCUGUGUCCACUACAAAGUCGUAAAAUACGAAAGAAUUAAGUUCUUGGUGAUUGCUCUGAAGAACUCGGUGGAGAUUUAUGCUUGGGCUCCGAAACCCUACCAUAAAUUCAUGGCUUUCAAGUCUUUUACAGACCUGCAACACAAGCCCCAACUUGUUGACUUAACUGUUGAAGAAGGGCAGCGGUUAAAGGUUAUCUAUGGGUCCAGCGUUGGUUUUCACGUGAUUGAUGUGGAUUCAGGGAAUCCCUAUGAUGUCUACAUCCCAUCCCAUAUUCAGAGCAGUAUCACUCCACAUGCCAUUGUGAUCCUUCCCAAGACAGACGGAAUGGAGAUGCUUCUGUGUUAUGAAGAUGAGGGGGUCUAUGUGAACACUUACGGCAGAAUCACAAAAGACGUGGUGCUACAAUGGGGAGAGAUGCCCACCUCUGUUGCCUACAUCCAUUCCAACCAGAUCAUGGGCUGGGGAGAGAAGGCCAUUGAGAUCCGCUCCGUGGAGACGGGACACCUCGACGGAGUUUUCAUGCACAAGCGAGCUCAGCGAUUGAAGUUCCUCUGCGAAAGAAACGACAAGGUGUUCUUUGCCUCCGUUCGAUCUGGAGGCAGCAGUCAAGUCUUCUUUAUGACCCUCAAUAGAAACUCUAUGAUGAACUGGUAACAGACGUUUUACUAGCAUCCAAAUGGUGAAUUCUGAUCGUCUCAGCAUUACAUUUGUAGACUUAAGGUAAAUUUUAAAUAAUAAGUUAAAGGAGGAAAAAAAAAGCAAGCGAACAAAUGAACAACAAAAAGACUUUGGCCGUGAGCGUUGGAUUCCUGCACCAGAAGGGAAGAAAGAAAACCCUUGUGUGGCGAUUUCGUGUUGGUGUUGCACCAUCUUGAAGACUCGUGAAGGUGGGAGAUGGCGUAUCGCACCAUGAACAACGUCCAAAGGGGAAAAGAGAACAGUAGUGCCUCUGUGUUGUGGCUGAGGGCAUUACGGAGGUCUCCUGAAAAGAUCUUUGUCAAUCGCUUUGUACUUUAUCAUCCGUUUUUUUUAUCUUUCCCUUAUUAUAUUUUUUUGGUGAUUGAAUGGGAGUUUGUGAGGGGACAGGGUUUUAUUCUUUGGACCAGGGAGAUUGCAGAAACGUCUGCCUGCUGGAGUUUAGACAUGUUUAACACUCUACCUUUGCAAAUAUAACAAGACAAAUAUCUUUUUUUUAAAAAAAAAGCAAAGCAGUGGAAAGUGUAAAUUAAAUGCUUCUGUGUCAGGAUAAACAGUAAAGCCAUGCAGUUAUCUCUUCUCUUUUUCCUGGUGUUUAACAAAGUGUGCUCUCCAUAUCGCAGAGUUGGUUAGGACUGUCCUUGCCAAAUGUAGCUACCUCACUAGCUACUGAGGAGAGAUAAAGCUCGGUGCACUUUGUCAGCAUCUAAUAUGGGGUGCCAUACCCACUGAACUGUUGAAAUCAAUAACUACCAGCUUGCAACCCUGUGCACUCAGCAGAGCAGAGCCCCUAAAACAGCGACAAAGGAGCUGAAUACCCCAUCAGAAUAGACCUAACUAAGGAUUGGUUAAACAGUGUGCUAAGGGUGUCAGUGGGCUAAACUUCCAAUUAUCUAGUUUUAUAAGCAAUCCUUUUAUCAGCAAGAGGUACUGAAGUCACCAGUAACCUUUGGCCAAAGGUUGGCACACAUCACUGGCAGUGCCAUGCUCAGAUGCUGAAAGCAAGCAGUCAAGCUGAGAAGAAUGGCUGCCGUUCUGUGCAGGGUGCCUGUUCUUUGGUGCCAGCUGUGACCAAGUUUGCCACUUGGGACGUUUUGGAACCCCCUAAGUGCACUCAGUGUACUGAGUGAAACUUGUAUUUUUAUGGAUCUGUAAAUGUACAUUCUGUGUUCUGGAGGGUAUAUGUUGCAAUACAUAUUCCUGUUUCCAAACCGUUGCACUGAAACGGUGUUGGGAGAAAUGUUCACAUUUUUAAGCGUUUCAUUUGUUUUCUGGACAAGUAGCUACAAGCAUGGCUGCCUGCAAAUUAAGGGUGUUGUUGCAAAAAAUAAAAAUAUAUGUGUGUUGCGCUUCCUCUUAUUAACCUACCUCGUUUUUUUGGGGGGAGGGGGGUGUGAUUGUUUUUUAUUUCUUCUCUAUUCUGUUUGACAUUCUUAAUUCACUGUGUUCACCACCUUGGAAAUUAACGCCAAAAUACUCAAAGAUGUUACGUAAAAAACCAGUAUUCAGAGAAAUUUUAUAAAUCAUAGGGAAAUAACUGCCAAAAUGCGGCCAAAUUUAAAAUGCAAGGCUGUGACAAGGAGUGAUAGUGAACUGAUGGAAUGAUCAUUUUUUUAUGUAAGAGCCAAAUCGAGAUGAAAAAGGCAGGGCGAAUUUCCCUUGACUUGUAAAUGUCCGUCUUUCAACAUUUAGAAAGACUGGAAACUGCUGUAUCGGAGAAAAUAACAUUCUCUGAAUCUACCUUUGUCUCUGUAAUAAGCUAUUCUGGUCAUGGUGUGCUUUUUUUCUUUAUUUUUUCUAGCCUAGACUCAAGUUUGUUUUUUGUUACAUGUCUGUGUAGGUUUUUGAUCAAAUGGGAAUGUUCAUUUUCUUGGAUUGGAGUUACUGUAUUAUUUUACUGCCUACAAUAUUGGUGGAGGAAAUCUCCAGGUCUUUAUGCAAGGAGAUUUCCUCUGAAAGUGUGUGUGACUUCAUACAGUACAUUAUCAGUCAGUGCAAACCGCAACAGAAAAAGCACUGAAAUGCAGUCAAUCCUGAACUCCCAAGCUCUAUGUACAUCUUUUGUAUAGUUGAGUGUAAAAGUUCAUUGUACAGUAGUUGUAUGAAUAACAUUUAUUUUUGUCUUCACAGAACUUUUUUGGCACUCCUGCCAUUAAGACGUCUAAUUGUACAUUGCAUUGCAUGAUAUUAAAUGAGGGGUGUAACAGGCCAUUUUGAUAGACACUUGAUAACUUAUUUUUUUGUUUUGCUUAAUAGUUUUUUUAGUUACUUAGUCAUGAACACUGAAUUUGAUUUUCUCCUCUCUGGGAUACAAACUUUAUGUAAAACUACUGCAGACACAUUUUCCCCAAAACAACAAAGACAUAUGUAUAUUUCAAACUGGAUUGAUUUACUCAGUUGAAAAAGAUUUUAACAGACAAUGGACUGAUUCCUCUUUUGUAUGUUUUUCCAAUUUUGACACACAUUGUUGUUGUCACAUCUAAAAUAUUUGCAGUCUAUUUCAUCAAUCAGUCCCUGAAAAAAAAACAUGUUCUUUAACAGCAGGAAUCGUUUUUAAAAGGGAACAGGAUAAUGCAUUUGCCUUGUGCCUUGGAAACAAGCCAGAAAAGUAGCAACACACAUGGCACUGGCACCCACUUUUCACAACUGAGAUACCUGAAUGUUCACGACCAGCCCUUUUCCACCUCAAGAGCUGUGCCAUUGUCUUCGAAAUAAUUCUCCAUUGUGCAUUUACUGUAUCAGUAGCCUAAGAAUCUGGGAGAAGCUCUUUUCCCCUUGUGAAUGGCCCUGUUAGAGCAGGUAUGAUUCAAUGAGAUAAUCUCUUCUUAUAAAUUAUGGGAUACGUGAUAAUUUCCUUGCUAACCACUCUAGGUAAAAAUAAGUGUGUGUGUAUAUAUUGAAAUAUACACACAUUUAUGUACAGGACAUGCUUUUAUUUUUUUGAUCGGAAAAUGUGUGCACUGUAUUUUUUGAAACAAGAAAUGUUUUCUUUUUUUCUGUGAAUUGGUGGGUCUCCAUUGAUAUGUGUAAAGAACUUAACAUAAAGAAUGUUCAGAUGGAGUAAAAUGCUAGACUUUUUAAAUAUAUUAGAACUGGUAUUUUAUUUUCAUUUUAUUUGAAAAAGGAUGUUUUAGCAUUAUUUUCUUCAUAUCUGUAUAAUAGGAGGGGAAACUAGUUAGAAAGCUUUUUGAUCUAGGGAUUAAUAGGUCACAUGUAAUGUUUGCACAUCAUAAUGAUUUAUUUUUAAGAAGAGAAUAAGUAAUUUUAAAGGAAAAUGACUCUUAGGGGUAUUAGGUCUCGAACAGGGUUUUAGCAAUAAGCUGUACUGCUGAAUUGAUUUUUUUUCUGGAAAUAUUUUAGCGUGUUUACUUGUUCAGAUCUGAAAGCUGGUGUAGAGAGAAAAGGAAUACUCACUUUCUUCUUUUUUUCCUGAUACUGAUACCUAGACUGGGGUUUUAUGGGCUUGGACUGGAACACAUUAAAAGACUUCCUUAUUUACAGUUUGACUCUUCAUCUGUGACUUCCCGAGUACCGUCACGAGUUUGUUUUAAAAUGAAAAGCAUUAGUAAUGUCCUGUUUUUAAAAAAAAAAUAAAUGAAAUUAGCACCUGA